AUGCCAUUUACUUUAUUGAAUUUUGCUGCACUGCCUGAACCUCAACCUGUGCUUGAGUCUGAUCCUGUACCAGAUUCGAUAAAUGCGCCGUUGCCACGCCGUCGUUCGGGCUCAAGUAUAGUUGUGAUCGAUGGUGACGAUUUAAAACCAUGUUUACCGGACGACUACAUCAGUAGUCAACAUUAUCGACAACAUUCUGGUGAUAUUAAAGAGAUUGAUCAAGAAAUGUUGACAAUGCUUUCUGUCAAUCAAGAUAAUGGUCCACAUCGUGAGAUGGCUGUCGAUUGUCCAGAUACUUUUAUCGCACGUAAUAAGACACCACCACGUUAUCCACCACCCCGUCCACCGCAGCACCAGCAACAGUUACCAUUUAAAUCAGCAAGCACACAUAAUACACAACAACAAAUACAAUCGCAACAACAACAAAUACAAUCGCAACAACAACAACAACAGUUGGGCAAACAGCAAACACAAAGUGUAAACCAAAACUCCAUAGCGACAAUAACAACAACAGCAACAACAACUGCUACAAAAACAACAACCACAUUAAACUCAUUAGAGAAACUAAAAUACAUAACGAGUAAUAAUCCGAAUGGCGGAAGCAUAGCACAUCCUUUGCAUAGCGAUGAACUAGAAAUUAUGGCCGAUGGCCUGUAUCGCAAGGGUUCAUCGUCGCAUUCCUCAUCGUAUGAUGAAGCGUUAAGCAAAAAAUCUUCGGAAUCAUUUGAUUCCAUAUCAUAUAACAAUUUGCAAAAUAAUAACAAUAAUAGCAAUAAUAGCAACAAUAAUAUGUCGACUUCGACCACAACAACAACGUCGUCUGCCUCGCCCAUAAAGCAGACAAACGGUGGCAUUGGCGCUAUGCAACGUGCCUGUGGCGAUGGUUCACUCAAUAGUACACGCAGUUCUAGCUCAUCAACUGCAAUUGCAGAUGAUGUUGUGGGCAUAGCACCACCAGAAUACACCGAAUUACGUGAAUUUUCCAAUUCUAAUAAAAAUAUUAGCUGCAAUUUUCCAACACACGUUGUUAAGCACCGUGAAUUGCCCGUGGAUGUGCCGGAUAGCUUCAUUGAAAUAAUCAAAACAACUCCACGUUAUCCGCCACCACCACAUUUAUCGUCUCUGUCAUCGCAAUUAUCGAAUUCCUCUGCCUCAACGGCAAAUACCGCAUUGAGCAAUAUCAAUAGUUCGCUUGCUUCCACCAAUAGAGUUAGUCAUGUGACGCCUUCAGCUAGCGAUAAUUUUAAUGGUAUAACUAGUUUGGGUGCAGGUACUAACUCUGCAAUGGGUUUGUUAACAACUACCUUCUCUAAUUUGGAACAGUUUGCUCCAACAUUACAACAACAACAACAACUCCAACAAACAACACCAAAACUAAAACAGUUGGGAAAACAGAAGAGUUCAUUGUCGACCUCAUCUUGUGGUUCUUUGGAGGAUGUGCAAAAAUGUGGUUUGCAAUUUGCGAACACUGCAGUUAGGCAGCAAGCACAACCUCAAGUUCCAACAGCUACUAUGGAUGGAGACAACGUUUCUAAAAUGUCCUCUCAAAUUUUGACGACCAAACAUAAUAAUGAUGAGGUUGGUUUUCUUUUCGUUAAUUUACUUUAA